UGGACAGCCAUACGCUUAAUGGCAGCGUGUCGAGGGAUGUUCUCAUCUGUGCUGGCGGACGGCGAAACAGAAAGCUUUCUGGACUGGGCCAAACUGGGCAGACUUACCUUUGUGGCGUCCGCACAGUUCAAGUUUCACCCAGAAUUUUACGAUGCCGGAACAGCGAAACGCUCUUUGUCAAUAGAAACACGUUUGAUGCAUAUCGGGCGUACAUCUGGUAAGUUAGCAGGGGCCAUGUCUUUUCACGACGAAACCUCCUCCCCUGUCUUAGAAGGGGAAUAUCAAUUUAUCCUGGUCGAUCCAGAAACUCGAAGAGCUGACCAGUUCCCCGAUUGGUGGAGGGAGAAAUUUCUGAAACACGUCGUAAAAACUGAAAAGCAUUUGAUCAUCCAGUCAAAGCCAGUCCCCACUGAUUGUGAAAUUCACGUACACGAGAUUACUGUCUUGCCCAGCGAUAUAGAUCCGUAUCUUCACGUGAAUUGGAGCAGUUACCUUAAGUUUUGCCUAGAUGCCUACACGAGCUGGCACAUACAGUCCUUCGGAUACGAAGAAAAAGGGGACCCGUUCAGACUUGUCCACAAAGUGUGCAUGAGUUUCAAGGGAGAUGCCAGCAUUGGCGACGUGCUAUGCCUCAAGUUCUGGAAAGAUGUUUUGCAAGAAAAUCAAGCUUAUCACUUUCACAUUUCCAAAAAGGCUAAAGUUAUUCAAGAAUGUACCAUUGAAUUUUACUGAUUUACAGUUCUGCUGUUGGUGAAAUAAUAUCUGCUCACUGUA